GACCGUGACCCUUCAAAAUAAAACAGAAAACACAGACAGAUCGAGACCCUUCAAAAUAAAACAGAAAACACAGACAGACCGUGACCCUUCAAAAUAAAACAGAAAACACAGACAGAUCGAGACCCUUCAAAAUAAAACUGAAAACACAGACAGAUCGAGACCCUUCAAAAUAAAACAGAAAACACAGACAGACCGUGACCCUUCAAAAUAAAACAGAAAACACAGACAGAUCGAGACCCUUCAAAAUAAAACAGGAAACAGACAGACCGAGACCCUUCAAAAUAAAACAGGAAACAGACAGACCGAGACCCUUCAAAAUAAAACAGGAAACUCUCACAGCCAGAAAGGGGGGGGGGGGGGGCACACAGAAUUACUGAGUUAAAAAACCUGCACUCUUUUCUCAGAAUGACUAGCUCAUCCAUUUACCUAGUUAGACAGCUUACAUUAGAUACCAAUCUGAAGAUCGCUGGCCAAUUCUUAGGUAUCUAGUUAGCCAAGUUGGUGGCUCUCAUAAUUUAAAUAUGACUUGUUAUUUAACCCCCGAAGGUAAGACUUGCAGUGAAGACCUGUGUCCACGUAUUCAUUUCAAUAAUGAGAAUAACCCCUGACAGAAUAUAGCAACAUAUCUAAAUGAUGGUCUGAAAUGCCCUCUGUAGAAAGUCAGUUUUUGGGUCUCAUAUGGAUGAACACCUGAGGUGUGUUAACAGUUUUUCACUCCCUUACAAAGACGAUGAGUAAACUGAAGGAUUUUGUUCACCACGAUUUCCAGAUUUCACAGACGCUGGUCAUAUUUCCGACUUUAGUUAAAUCACCCGGUACGUUAAACAUCAAUGAGCUCAUAGACGUUCUGUUGUUACGCUUGGUUUGACUCUUGUUUGUUUUAGCCCUGAAUGUCUGGGCAGCAGCAGUUAAAAAUUAAACAUUGCCAGAGUAAUCCCAAAUGUCUUCAUGCUGCUAUUUAACAUAGAUUAUUGCAAUGCUGGUUUUGAUAUAACAACACAUGUAAAGGGGAGUAUCUGAUAUAAUGAAUAAAUAAUAAAUGAAUGUGGAAACAUAAGACUUUCUCUGAAAUAAUAUAAACAUUGUGAUUCUCAUUAUAUUCUCUAUCAAAGAGAAGGUAUAGAGUCUAUACGUUCUCUAUUUCACUCACAAAACACAAACCUGAGGAAAAAGUCUCAGUCAAAUAAAAAUAAAAGUCAAACUUAUAAUAAAAAAGUCAGAAUUCUGAAAAAACAUUUAUAAAAAAAGUCUGAAUUCUAAGAAAAAAGUUUUUAAAAAUGUAAUUCAGAGAAAUGGAAAACAAAAAUCUAAACUCUGAGAAAAAGUCUGAAUUCCGAUGAAAAAAAGGCUAAAAAUUGAGGAAGUUUGUCUGAAUUGUGACUCCUUUUCAGAAUGAUUAAUUAACCUCAAACAUUCAAAAAGUGUCUGUAAAUAUAUGACCGAGAAACCACGAUACAGAAGUCCUGCAGGAGAUCUGAUAUAACGCAUCUAUCGUUUCUGGAAGAAAACACAUCAUAGUUAACGUUUACGCUGAGAUGGUUUCCAAUUAGGCCAAAGUCUGCACUCUCAAACUCAUCUGCAUCAAGGGUGAGGGAGAGUUGCAAUCCAUCUUUAAAUAACCAAGUUUUAUCUCAGACAAACCAAUUCUUUCUCAAGUCUGACUUUGUCCUCUUAAUAGUCACGUUGCUACACAGAUGUAAAGUAUGAUAGUUGCCAACAUGUAAUAUAUAUUAGCACAAAAUAGAUACACUCAAGACAUAAGUGAAAGGUCAAUUCAGAUAUGGAAGAAGUAAUCAGAUGCUAGGAGCUUAAAAUACUCUAUUUCUAAAGUCCCUAUUUUAUUCCCUUUCUGUUUCUUCUUGCACGUUUUCUGUAGUUUCCUUGUUAGGUUAUUGUUUUAUGUGUUAUAUAUGUUCAUGUUGCAUUGUUGGAGGAGCCGGGGACUUUGACUCUUGAACCUUUGUGUAUGUAAUAAAUCACGUGGAGUAAAAGCGAUAGUGUUGUUAAUGUAAGGGAGGAGAAUAUAAAGUAGAAUAACAUGGAAAUAGUCGAGUAAAGUAGAAGAGUAUGAGUGCAGUCCUUGUUAUAUAGUCCACCACUGCUGGAAAUGACAUAGCACAAUUAACUAACAUAGCCCAGGAUAGAACAUAUGGAAACAACCCAAAUGAGAGGUAUAAAUACCCUCAGUAGAGAAAGCUAGUAUGAGUGUGAAUGGAGGGAGGGUUGUGAGGGGGAGGACUUGUGUAAGCAUGGAGGAGUGAGGAGGAGACGCCGGCGUCAGACUUUAAAAACCUCCUCUCAGAAAGCUGCUCUGACAGCACAGAGAUGGCAAACGUAGACAAACUGCUGGAGCACGUCGGGGGUCUCGGACCCUUCCAGAAGAAGAUGGUGAUCCUGGGAUCUUUACCGUUGAUCCUGUUUGCCUUUGUGCUGGUCGGGGUGGUUUUCUUAGGGCAGACUACAGACCACUGGUGCCGGAGUCCUGGGUCCGAGCGCCUGCAGGAGGAAUGUGGCUGGACGGAGGCGGAGGUGAGGGAGGUAGGCGUCCCUCGCUCUGAAUCUGGAUCCUACAGUCGCUGCAGCAGGUUCUCAGUGGACUGGACGGAAAACCAGGAGCUAUGCGAUGAAGUGGACCGGUGGACGUCCAACGGGAGCUCGCUGCUGCCGUGUGACGGAGGAUGGGUGUUUGAUGAGAGCCGCAGCACUAUCGUUUCUGAGGUGGUUCUCGUUGGUGUUGAUAAGUCCUGGCUGGCUGAUCUGAAUCAGGUCAUCUUGGCGUUUGGAUAUUUUAUCGGAGCUUUUGUCACCGGCUACCUUGCUGACAGAUUUGGUAGGAAGCCGUGUUUCGUUGUGUCCAUGGUGGGCCUGGGGGUGUCGGGUGUCGGGGUGAUGCUCUCGCCCUCUCACCCCUUGCUGCUCCUCUGCAGAUUCAUGCAGGGCUUCUUUGGGAAGGGAGCGUGGACCGCUUCCUACGUACUCGUGAUCGAGUUCUUUGGAUCCGACAACAGGAAGUUUGUGUCCAUGAUGAGCCGGACUUUCUACAGCCUCGGGAUGGUCCUCCUGCCGAGCCUGGCGUACUUCCUGACCUCCUGGAGGACUCUGCAGCUGGCCAUGAGUCUGCCCUGCCUCCUCUUCAUCUCAUACCACUGGAUUGUUCCAGAAUCUCCACGUUGGCUUUUCUCCCAAAAACGAACCAAAGAGGCGAUGAGGGUCGUAGCAGACAUCGCAAAAUGCAACGGGAUGUCUUUACCAGUUAAUCUCCCAGAGACGGGUCUUUUGGAGAAAAAGAAAGACCUGGAUCCUGUAUCGAUGAGGGAUCUGUUUAGGACACCAACUAUAAGGAAAAACACACUCAUCCUAACUUACGCCUGGUUUACGAGCAGCGUGGUGUUUCAGGGUCUGGUCCUUCGGCUCGGGAUCACCGGGGAUAACUUCUUCUUGGAUUUCUUUAUCUCGGCGGUGGUGGAGUUGCCCUCCGGCCUCAUCUUCUACCUGCUAGUGGACCGGAUCGGCCGGUGCUCCCUCAUGACGUUCACCAACCUCACGGGGGGCAUCGCCUGCCUCGUUAUCCCCUUCAUCCCCACGGACUACCUCUGGUUGAAGAAGGCGAUUGCGAUCAUCGGGAGACUUGCUAUCGCUAUCGGAUUUGAGACCUUGAACUUUGCAAACACUGAGAUGUAUCCGACAUCUCUGAGAAACCUAGGAGUGUCCGUUUGCUCCUCAGCCAGUGACAUCGGAGCGGUCGUUGCUCCAUUCCUGCUCUACAGACUCUCCCAUAUAUGGCAUGAGCUUCCUCUGGUCAUUUACGGUGUGAUGUCGGUGCUGUACAGCGUGCUGGUGAGGAGGCUGCCGGAGAUGACCGGAGUCGCUCUGCCGGAGACCAUGGAGGACGUGGAGGAUCUAGGAAGGAGGAAAGACGGGAAGCCACAGGAAGCAGAGGGCCUUAUUAUCUGACAGGAAGCAUUACAGUAUGUUUACAGUGCACAUGAAUACCUCACUGGAACCAGUGGAAUUACUGGGAAGUAUACUGCAGCUUAAUACUGUGAACUGUGUCUUUAUUAUGUUUAUUUAUACUUAACUGGAGGUCUCAUACUGAUGUCACAUGAUUUUUGUUUUUGUAUUUGUUUGUUACUUGCUGAGUCAAUAUAUCUGAUCAACAGUUCGUAUUAAACUGAAGGAAGUUCAACUGAUAAAA